AUCUACGUCACUCUUGGUAUUGCUACUGCACUCAUAAUGGUAUUAGCAAUAUUGCCCACAUUUUCCACAUUCCCACGGAGUAACAAUCCAAAAAAAAAAAUGGCAUUGGUAAUGAAUCUUGUUUGCAAUUUCUGCUUAUCCCAUGUUACUAUCAUCUAUAUUGACUAAUUCGUCUUUGAUCUUGAUGACUUUCCAACAUUACCAACACACAAGUUCAAAGCAACUAGGCGAGACAUGUGACUACCAGAUAUACUACAAUCAUCCUACACAGCACUUCUCUUCUCUUCAGUUUCAUAAGUUUUAUGACGACAAAGACUCAGAUACGAAACAUCUCAACUAUACAAAGUCACUGAGGUUUACGGCUCUGAAUCAGUUACAAUCAGAUGUUACUUGACGCAUCCUCAUCCAAAAGGUCUUUACUACGACUAGUGGCUAUAUUAUUCUACCCGAUACCAGUAAUGUCAUGAGUAAAUUUUGACCAGCUCUCUUUAUAUCAGCCCUAUCUAUAAGCCGCUCACACAAAGUUACUACACAGUUUGCUCAUACAAGUACAAUUGCCCCCUGCACGCAUACACAAACUCUCAUCUCCUACUUCCAAUAAGCAAAGAAGCAAACAACCAAACAACCCAAUGCAUACUACACCCCAUCCCGCCUCAAUCAUCCCGUACCGUGCCUCUUCCCCUUCACCGCCUCCACACAUCAAGCUGCAUAUAAAACUAGGCAGCAAAAGGCAAAGCAAAAGCCCUCUUCCGCAUCCAUCCACAAGCCAUCCAAUUUAAAUCCAAUCUAGUCCAAACGACGCCUAACUCGUCAUCCUAUUCCCCUUCCGACAAGCUGCAUCAAAACGACCUCACCGAACACCCCCCCUCUCAGCAGCAAGGAGGCCAGAAUAUCUCUCCGGGUUCCGAAAAGCAACUAUUAAAAAAAAGUAACCUUCAAAAGCAAUUUCUUAUUAGAAAACUCCCCUAUCACUGACGCAUUUGAGCCUCUCAAUACCUUCACAUUAGCCCACCCCUGUUAUUCUCCGGCACAGAACUCAGGGGGGGCAGGCGGCACCUCCAGACACGGAAUGUCACCCACCCAUGUCAG